CGUGAAAUAACUGUGUUGACGUUCUGCCAUCCAGUGGCUAACUCUGUGAACUCCUCAUCGUGCUUUCUGGAACUAAAGUGUUUGUUCCUACCCGGACGACAAAGGUUGUUGCACCGUGAAUGCAUUUUCGUUACGUUCCCGUUUUCCAAUGGAUUGACAUCAGCCAUCAGAGAUGCUGCUGAAAGAUCUGCCCAGGGAGGCCCUGAUGCGGCCGUUGUCUAGGAAUGAAGUAGUUGGCAUGUUAUUCAGGUUGACCGUCUUUGGUGCCGCCACGUACUACAGCAUCAAAUGGGUCUUAGAUGCAAUGGAUCCUACCUCCAAACAGAAAAACCAAGCCAAGAAGAGGGCAGAGCAGCAGAUGAAGAGGAUUGGUGUUGAGGGGGUCAGACUUACAGAAUAUGAGAUGAACAUUGCAUCUCAUCUAGUUGAUCCACAAACUAUGAAGGUAUCCUGGAGAGAUAUUGCAGGUCUGGAUGAAGUUAUCAAUGAGCUUCAAGAUACAGUCAUCCUGCCCUUUCAGAAGAGACACCUUAUGGCGAAUUCCAAACUAUUUCAGCCUCCUAAAGGUGUUUUAUUAUUCGGUCCUCCGGGCUGCGGUAAGACUAUGAUUGCCAAGGCAACUGCCAGAGCGUCGGGAUGCAGGUUUAUCAACCUUCAGGCCUCCACGCUGACUGACAUGUGGUACGGCGAGUCACAAAAGCUGACUGCGGCAGUCUUCUCGUUAGCUGUCAAAAUUCAGCCUUGUAUAAUUUUCAUCGAUGAGAUUGAAUCAUUUCUAAGGAAUCGCUCCAGCAUGGACCACGAGGCCACAGCCAUGAUGAAAGCCCAGUUCAUGAGUCUAUGGGAUGGCCUGGACACCUCAUCAACCACCCAGGUUAUGGUGAUGGGAGCCACGAACAGGCCGCAGGACGUGGAUCCAGCCAUUCUCCGCAGGAUGCCCACAACUUUUCAUAUCGGCUUGCCAAACACAAGGCAGAGAGAAGAAAUCCUGAGACUCAUCUUGGCAGGAGAAAACCUGAGCAACGCAAUCAAUCUGAAGGAGAUUGCUGAGAAGACAGAAGGCUACUCUGGGAGUGACCUCCGGGAGCUCUGCCGCGACGCUGCCAUGUACCGAGUACGGGACUAUGUCCGCAAGGAGCAGAUGAGGCAGAUCGCUCAGCAGCUGCAGGACUGCCAGGAGGAGGAAAGACCUGUGGAUGAGGAGCGUUUGCGACCAGUCACCCAGCUGGACCUCCUCUUCGGCCUGGACAAGAUGAAGGAAUCAAAGAAAGCCACAACCUUCAUGCUACCCAUCAUAUCAGAGGUUGCUCUGGAUUAAACGCCAUCUGUGGACCACUGAGGAAAAGCGAAUUCUUCCAAGCUCUGUCCACUGUGCGUUCCAACUUGCCAAGCAGAGACUCUGAGAGUGUUAGAGGUGUAGUUGAAAAAGGCAGCAGACAGACAUGCUUUUCUUAAACUUAGUUUCCCAGACAGGGAGUUAUUCUGAGCAUGCUUAUCUUAAAGGACACACGUCAUGUGUACAAUUACAACAUAUUUAGAGUUAUGAGGUCAGUCUCCUUUGAAAAGCACGCAAGGGCACUGUGACAGCUUGUUUCAGAAGAAUACAAAGCAAAGACCAUUUUAAAAUCACCAAAUGAUCUUACCUGCUGUAAAGGAUUCAUACAUAACCCUACCACUGACUUCCAUAUGAUGAUGAUGUUUGAGAACUUCAUUGUGUGUUUUCAGAUGAAGGUAAUCCUUCGAGUUCCAAAUCAGCUUUUACACCAAUCUUUGAUUUUUGGGGGAGUAAAAAAAACAACCAUCUAAAUCACUGUAAAUCAUAUUAUCCCAACACUCUGGAAGGAACAUUUCAGCUUCACUUUGAUGCUGUUGAGUCACACACAGCGCAUGCUCUGCAGAAGUUCUUAUAUGAUAGCAAAGUGUCUAGCAAACACUAGGAAUUUUAGCUUCAGUGUCCAGAAAAAGAGGCAGAAUCAGACAGCCGUGCAUGCUCUACUGCAUUACUCUUUAAAACAGAAGAUUUAAGUUUUACUAUUGGAAAUCAAUUCCAUUUCCAUUUUGCAACCUGUGUCGUCUUUAUUGAUCCCUGUCAGAUUAUAAUGGAAGUAACUGUAAAUUUGUUUUGGUUGAUGUACUCAUAUUUCAUAUUUUAUUUUCCAACGGCUAAUUAACUUUUUUUGUUGUGGUUGUUGUUUUGGGUUUUCUUUUUUUUUUAGGUGGUUGGUUGCAUCCUUACCUUGGAAAGUAAGAUGAGAAUGCAUAUACCUCAUUUGAUCCUGUAGUUAUGUAUUACUCAUGUACAGUUGUUGCUCCCAAGGAGCAUUUUGAAGAAUAUUUCAUUUGAAAUUCUGUAAGAUGUAAAUGUCUACUGCAUGUUUUUAGAUGUAAAAUCAGCUCUUCUGUAAAUGGCAACAAAUCAUGGUGUAACUGUAAGGUUCACAGGCAUUUGGUGAUGGAAGUAGGGAUAUAAUUUUGUAAUUUGGCCGCUGCGCACCACCACAGUGGUGAUGUGAUUAGAAUUGUAGAAUUUCAGGUUUAACUGAGAGUGUUGAGCAACAGUGUUACAAAACUAUUUUAAAGCCAUUUUAAUGUUUUCAUUUCCAAAAAGUAGGAGUAGCUAGGGAUAUUUUUUCAUUCAUUUACAACAGUUAUUGCACAAUUUUUAAACUCAAGCCAGAAAAGAGACCUUUUUAUUCUUAUGAAGAAAAUGCCUGAGCAUUUGGUCGUGGGGAUUACUUCUACACACACUGACCUCAUUACUUGAAAUUUUGGCCAUGUUUGAUGUUUUCAUCCAGUACUGUGGCAUUAUAUAUAUAUACAUGACAAAAAUUAGGGGAACAAAUAGUAGGUCCUCUUUAAAAGCAUGCUCAUGGCUUCACUAUUUCUCGCCAGCAUCACACUCUUAACUUCUGUUUUUCACUCCUUUCUCCACUCCCCUUACCUGACCUCUUUUCUUGUGAAUUAGGUAACCUUAGCCUGCUCACUGAGGUGAGACGACUAAAUAAAACGCGAGUCUAAGACAACAAAGAUCUCUCGUGGCACUCUUAGAGCAGUCCUACAGGUGGCAAUAUUACCUCAGUAAACAGACUUUUGCUUCUUUUGGAUCUGGCAGUCCAAAGAGUAGCUGAGGGCAAGUGGCACAGUUAUCACGUUGUUUUAAAAACCACAACUUUGUCGAGCUUUUGAGAAAGUGCCAGCAGCCGGAGCUCCUGAACCCCAAACACAACCUUCACUCUUCUCUAAAAGCAAUCUUUGUCUGUGUGUUGUUAUUUACAAGGGACUGACAUGUCUGAAUGCAAAUUGCAAAGCACUUACUUUUUAUGUGGAACGAGGGUCGCUGUAAUAGAAAAUACAGCUGUAGUCAUGAGUGAUGUGAUCCAGGAGCAGCAAUAAAAGAAGAAUAAUGACAAUAAUCAUCAUCUUGUAAAUAAAAGUAGGAAUGUAUUUAAUUGUUGGAUCAGCACUCCGUCCUUUUCAGUAGAUCUGCGGUUUGUAAAACUGGAAGCAAAAUGUUGGGUUGGAGUUGAGGCCAAGAUUGAAUAAAGCUAAAUGUGAUGUAUUCCCCUUCAGUGCUGUUUUUAAUGCUGCUUUAAUGUCUUUGUAUCUUUUCCACGAUGAUUUCUCGUGGUUAAUUUAGCCAUUCAUGCUGGUAAUGUGAGACUUGUCGGACUAUCAUUAGUGAGAUCCUAUUAUGGUGAUCAUUUUCAUGUCCUGUUCUGCGCAUUAUUUAAUCAAACACUGACAGCAGUUUUCAUCCACCACACAAUACAUCCAGGUUUUCUGUUGUCAGAUACUUUAUGGAGAGCAUGGUUUUCACAUCCAAAUGCUUCCCAUCAGCUGUCAGUAGGAAGUUGUGUCAAGCUAUUCUGACUCCCCUUUGUAUGAAACUCUUCAUUUUUUUGCCGUAUACUCACAGCAUGUGUUUAUUGAUCUAUCUGUGGGUCUCGUACAGACCUUCUUCCCACGCAGUCUGAGUAGGCCAGGGUAUAUUUGCCACUAAGCCACAUGGUGGCACAGUAUCUUCACCGUGCUGUUACUGAAGCAGUUGUUACCGACUUGUUUUUAUUUAGAACAGUUUUAUAACAUGAUGGUAGUACAAUGAAACGGAGAAACUCGUUUGUUUCUCCCUCAUUGGUUUAUCUAGUGAUAUUUGGAUAUGUGUUGCUUUUGCUUGGAGCGCCUCAGGUGACAGUUAAAGGUCAAAAUGUUGCCAUGUGAACCAGUUAUUGUGUCAGUGCUGCUUGAACAUCUUAGUUGCCUUUCGGGGAGAAAGGUGGCGCCGAUCCAAAUUCUUUCCGUUAGUGCAAUAUCACAGCAGAUCCUUCGUCAGUCAUGUUGCAGAAACGGUGCCCAUGUCGUAUGUGUGUAUGCCCAAUGUGAAAAAUAUCUUUAGUUACCUUGAACAUAAAUAAUAUCUCUUGUCAACCAGCAGUUACAUUGUGUUUCACUUUUAACAUAAGCAAUAUAAAAUAAAUGCUGCUCUUCACCUCAA